GCGGCACCACGGCCGGCGCCGCUCCCGCAGCCGCAACCGCAGCCGUCACGGAAGCCGCUCGCCCGCGGCGGGCUCCAACCGGGAGAGCGUGUCGCGCGAGCCGACCGAUCCAGAGCAUGCCCGCCGCACCACCCUGGCCGUGCCUGGCGCCUACCGCGGCUACGUCUCCUCCAUGCACGGCGGUGCACCCUACCAGGCCAACGUGAAAACCGUGCCCGGCAAGCGGGCGAUUCUGGAGGCGAUGAAGGAGCUGGACGACGACGCGCAGCGCUCGGAGGAUAUCGAAGUGCCGCUCUGGCUCAAGAUGUGCCAGCUGCGGCUGGCUAAGGUGCUGAUGGAGUUCAAGGUGCUGCGCUGCAAUGCCGAGGUGGCCGCCCUGGUGGACUCGAUCGAGAAGCGGUGUCACCUCGAGGAAGCGCUCACCAUCCGCUCGCAGGCGCUCAUCUCGGAGCUGGCCGAACUGCGCGAACGGCGGCUGCGGCAGCUGCACGACCACGAGAUCCAGCUGGUGGUGAAGCAGGGCCAGGUUGAGAUAGACCUGGGUGACUUCUGUCCCGACUUCACGGGCUCGGCGCUGAUCCACCGCUCGCGGGUGGAGCUGCUCAACAAACAGAUCCUGGGCAUCGGCGGCAAGAAGCUGGAGGUGAUGCGGGACGCGCUGCGGUUCCGGCGCGGCAUCGUCAUGCAGCGCUGGGAGUACGAGCGCUGCCGCAUGACGCUGGAGGACCUGGUGCAGACACUGCGCGACAUCGACUUCAUGAAGGUGACCAGGGCCAUCCAGCAGUAUCUGUCGGAGGGCGGCGACACCACAGAGAAAAAGAUCGCCCGUCUGGAGCGACGGCUGGACAUCCUGUACCAGGAGGCGGCGCGCCAGCGGGAGGAGGACGCCGACGUCACAGAGUACCUGGAGCGGCUGCUGCGCAUCAAGCGGGCCGACAACCAGCGGCUGGCGCUCGAGGCGCGCGAGCUCAACGUCGACGUGUCCGAGCGCGAGCUGCUCUAUGACAUCCGCUGCAACCAUCAGCGGGCGUGGCAGGCGCGCCAGAGGCUGGACAACCUGCGCAAGAUCCGGGACCUGUGCGACAUCGCCGGCUUCCAGCAGCGCUACAUGACCAUGCUGCACAGUGAACUGCAGAGGAUGUACAGCAAGACGUUCCCCAUGCUGCACGCGAUCAACUGAACUGGAUCAUUCUUCGUCUUGCAGACGUGUGUCACGUGUGCAAAACAUUUAAAGUUGCAUUAUCUUUCUGUCUUUGUUUGCAUUCUGCUUGAUGUUAUGUGGGCGUUUUUAAUCAUGAUUCAGUCAGUAACAGGCGUACUUCCCGUGGCUUGUCGACAGGUCAGUGGCAUGUGUGUUUAUAAAGUGUCCAAAUUGUAUAGCCUUGAAGGAUGAUAGAGGGACAAAGAUAUCGACAGUCUGAUAUUGUUCGUAGAUCAUUCAUGUAGCGAAUGUGUAAGCAUGUUUUUAUUUGGAUGUGUUAGAUAAUGACGCAACGCGCCAUGCUGCUCCAAAAUUACCGUCUUUAGUGGGGUGCAUGUGCUGAUCAAAUAAAU